UGGGUCAUCAGCUCUGCAACUGCCCCCAUCAGCUGAUUUUGACAGUCGGGAUCCUGGAGCACAGGCGGGAGGGGCUAGCCCCUGCCAGAUCCAAGGAUGAUAACGUGUCUGCUCCAUGUCGCGGCUUCGAACUGGCCAGGCUCCGCCCCCUGUGAGUAUGUAAGUGUGUGAUGUUGUCUCGGCCGCCGCCUGUGCAGCCGCCGCCGCUGCCGCUGCCGCCACCGCCGCCGCUGCCCUGGCAGCUGCACCGCACUACUGCUACUGCCUUGCUGGCCCCAGCCUCGGCCGUCGCCACCCGCCCGCAGCCUGCCAGGCGGGCGGCCCAACCGGCCGAGCUCUAAGAGGCCGCCACUGCGACCUGGGUGCGCUGGGCACGCUGGCAGCCACAGGGAGAGUGGACCCAAGCGGGCGGUCAGGCUCUUGCCCGCCCAGUGCAAUCGUUUCCUCCGCCGCCACCUUCACUGCUCUGGAGCUCAGGACCAGGUACCCUGGGAGCCCGCCACUGCCGCUGAUGCGGCCCCAGCACUUUUAACCGGGCGGGAGGGCCAGAGAGCAGCGCCACCGACUACAGUGAGAGCUGCGCAGCUGAGAGCUGUGUCAACACACAGCGAGCAGGGACAGACAGCCGCCAGCCGCCGCCCGGCCGCUAUGGAUCUAUUUGACUUUUUCAGGGAUUGGGACUUGGAGCAGCAGUGUCACUAUGAACAAGACCGUAGCGCACUUAAGAAAAAGGAAUGGGAAAGAAGGAGUCAAGAAGUUCAGCAAGAAGAGGAUCUCUUUUCUUCAGGCUUUGAUCUUUUUGGAGAACCCUACAAGACUAACAAAGGGGAUGCCCUUGCCAACAAAGUCCAGAACACUCUUGGAAGCUAUGAUGAAAUGAAGGAUCUUCUAACUAACCAUUCUGGUCAGAAUCAUCUGGUGGGCAUUCCAAAGAAUUCUGUGCCCCAGACUCCCAUCAACAAAAGUGAAGCAAGUUUUUAUCCAGAACAAAAGAAUCGAAUGAUCCCUUCUCACCAAGAGAAUACCCACUCCUCAGCACCAAUGCUUCCACCUUCAGUCGUGAUAUUGAAUUCCACUCUAAUACACAGUAACAGAAAAUCGAAAUCUGAGUGGCCAAGAGAUAAUAACAACACUAGCCCUGGACAAACAAGCCAGACCACUAUUCAACCAAACAAGAUACAGACAUCCACACAAGACCUGCAUCAAACACGACUAGAAGACUUUUUUGUCUAUCCAGCAGAGCAACCACAAAUUGGUACAGUUGAAAAAUCUAACCCAUCUGCAAAGGAAGAUAAUAACCCCAAUUCUGGUGGAGAAGAUUCUUUCAAAGAAAUCUUUCAGUCCAGUUCACGAGAAGAAUCUGAAUUUACAGUGCAAGCUCCUGGGUCUCCCCUAGUUGCCUCAUCUUUAUUAGCUCCCAGCAGUGGCCUCUCAGUUCCAACCUUCCCACCAGGUCUUUACUGCAAAACAAGCAUGGGACAACAAAAGCCAACUGCGUAUGUAAGGCCCAUGGAUGGGCAGGACCAGGCAUCUGAUAUCUCUCCAACACUUAAGCCUUCUAUUGAAUUUGAGAACAGCUUUGGAAACCUCUCCUUUGGAUCACUGUUAGAUGGGAAACCCAGUGCAGCCAGUUCAAAGGCCAAACUGCCAAAGUUCACAAUCCUGCAAACAAGUGAAGUAAGCCUUCCCAGUGAUCCAAGCUGUGUUGAGGAAAUCCUGCGGGAAUCUCAGCAUCUGACUCCAGGAUUCACCUUACAAAAAUGGAGUGACCCGGGCAGCAGAGCUUCUACAAAGUCAGUACCACUCAAGUCGGUGCUUGAGGAUGACCUGAAGCUGAGCAGUGAUGAAGAUGACCUUGAGCCUGUGAAGACUUUGACCACUCAGUGUACAGCCAAUGAGCUCUACCAGGCUGUUGAAAAGGCAAAACCUAAGAAUAAUCCUGUGAAGGUGCUUGAGGAUGACCUGAAGCUGAGCAGUGAUGAAGAUGACCUUGAGCCUGUGAAGACUUUGACUACUCAGUGUACAGUCAAUGAGCUCUACCAGGCUGUUGAAAAGGCAAAACCUAAGAAUGUUCCUGUGAACCCACUCUCAGCCACAUUACAACCUCCACCUGCCCUGCAAGCCAAUGGGGGAUCUGGCAGCUCCAGUGAGUCAGAGAGUAGCUCAGAAUCGGACUCAGACACUGAAAGCAGCACCACUGACAGUGAAUCCAAUGAGACUCAUAGAGUGGCUACUCCAGAGCCUGAGCCACCCUCCACCAACAAAUGGCAGCUAGACAAAUGGCUGAACAAAGUUACAUCCCAGAACAAGUCAUUUAUUUGUGGACAAAAUGAGACACCCAUGGAGACCAAUUCUCUGCCUCCUCCAAUAAUACAACCAGUAGAAGUCCAGGUGAAAGUGAAACCAAACCCAAGCCAGGCUGUGGCUGAACCCAAAGACAGGCCUCUCCUAAGCCUCAUUAGGGAGAAAGCUCGAUCAAGGCCCACUCAGAAAAUCCCAGAAACAAAGGCUUUGAAGCAUAAAUUGUCAACAUCAGUUGACACAGUUUCUCAAAGGACAAUUGGGAAGAAACAGCUUAAAAAAGUUGAGAAAAACACCAGCUUUGAGGAGUUUACCUGGCCCAAACCAAAUAUUACUAGCACCACUCCCAAAGAGAAAGAAAGUGUGGAGGUUCCUGACCCACCACGAAGCCGCAACAAAGCAACUACCCACAAAUCAGUUCCUAGGAAAGAACCAAGGCCUCAUGCCCUUUCUACCACUGAGAAAAAGAAGUACAGAGGGCCUGGGAAGAUUGUGCCAAAGUCCCGGGAAUUCAUUGAAACAGAUUCAUCUACAUCUGAUUCUAACACAGACCAGGAAGAGACCCUGCAGAUCAAAGUUCCGCCUCCUUGCAUUUCUUCUGGAGGUAAUACUUCUAAACCCAAGGAUACAUCUAAUGCCAGCCUGACCCUUAGAACCUUGACCAGCAGCAACAGCAACAGCAACAACUUAUCCACCAGCAAUGUUGAGACAGCUUUUUCAUCACCUUCUGCCAUGCAAACUGAACUUUUGUCCCCUCUACAAGAUCAAGAGAAUCCCAAAAACCUCUGGGUGAAAAUUGACUUUGACUUACUUUUUAGAAUACCUGGCCAAAACUCAGUCCCAGCAGCACCUGCCAAGACAGACCACAAAGAAACUGCCUCUAAACCCAAGCGUCAAACUGCUCCCACAGCUCUGGAAAAACCAGCUCCUAAGGGCAAGCGUAAGCACAAGCCAGCAGAAGCUGCAGAGAAAAUCCCUGAGAAGAAGCAACGCCUGGAGAACAACACUACUGUCUGCCUGCUUCCUCCUUGCAUUUCACCAGCCCCACCCAACAAGCCUCCUAACACUAGAGAAAAUUCAUCCAGGAGAACAAACAAGAGAAAAGAAGAAAAGCUGUUCCCCCCUACACUUUCCCCACUGGCAGAGGACCCGCCACGUCGCAGAAAUGUCAGUGGCAACAAUGGGCUCUUCAGUCCUGACAAAAACAUCUCCAUAGCUGGACAAAUCACUUCUAUCAAACCUAAGAGAAGUGAAGGCAAAUUCUGUGCUACUUUCAAAGGAAUAUCCAUAAGCGAGGGAGAUGCUCCAAAAAAGGCUGUCUCUGCCACCAUUACUGUCACUAAUACGGCUAUAGCCACUGCCACUGUCACUGCCAUUACCACUGCCACUGUCACAGCUAGUGCCACUACCACUGCCACGGCCACCACCACAACCACCACCACUACUAUUUCUACCACCAACUCUACAAUCACUACUGGCCUUAUGAAUAGCAGUCACCUGGAGAUGACAUCAUGGGCAGCCCUUCCCCUCCUGUCCAGCAGAAGCACCAAUGUCCGGAGACCCAAGCUCACAUUUGAUGACUCUGUUCACAAUGCUGAUUUUUACAUGCAAGAGGCUAAGAAGCUGAAACAUAAAGCUGAUGCACUGUUUGAGAAAUUUGGCAAAGCUGUGAACUAUGCUGAUGCAGCCCUCUCCUUCACUGAAUGUGGCAAUGCCAUGGAACGUGAUCCUCUGGAAGCAAAGUCUCCAUAUACUAUGUAUUCUGAGACUGUGGAACUCCUCAGGUAUGCAAUGAGGCUGAAGAACUUUGCAAGUCCCAUGGCUUCUGAUGGGGACAAAAAGCUAGCAGUAUUAUGCUACCGAUGCUUGUCACUUCUCUAUUUGAGGAUGUUUAAACUGAAGAAGGACCAUGCUAUGAAAUACUCCAGAUCACUGAUGGAGUAUUUUAAGCAAAAUGCUUCAAAAGUUGCUCAGAUACCAUCUCCUUGGGUAGGCAAUGCAAAGAAUACUCCAUCUCCAGUGUCUCUGAACAAUGUCUCUCCCAUCAAUGCAAUGGGGAAUUGUAACAACGGCCCUGUCACCAUUCCCCAGCGCAUCCACCACAUGGCUGCUAGCCAUGUCAAUAUUACCAGUAAUGUGCUUCGGGGCUAUGAACACUGGGAUAUGGCUGACAAACUGACAAGAGACAAUAAAGAAUUCUUUGGUGAUCUGGAUACAUUGAUGGGGCCUCUGACCCAGCACAGCAGCAUGACCAAUCUUGUCCGUUAUGUUCGCCAGGGACUCUGUUGGCUGCGCAUAGAUGCCCAUUUGUUGUAGUGAGUGAUCUCCCAUUUCUAGUAUCACUGCCCAUCCCUCUACAUUUACCAGUGCCUUGAUAGUCACUGGUGGAACUCCACUCAUUUUUGAAAGUUCUCUUUCAUUAUGUUUGUUUUUAUGCAUUUUUUUGAUAUCUGUGAAAAACUGAAGUUAUUGUAAGUGGACACUACAACUUGAGAGAAGUGUGUGUUUUAUUUUUUAAUAUUUGAUAUGCAUUUCUCAUAUCUCAUUAUGUUUGUGCUUUAUGGAAUGAAAAUCCCUACAACAUUGAUUUAAGUCCACAUGAUUCAAAACAAAGAAUGAGAAGCACAUGUGAUGAUGACACGUCUCUGAGAAUUCAAAGAAGCUGUCUAACAUACAUCUGAACAAGGGACCUGCAAAGACUUCAGCAGUAGCCAUUCCCCAAACUAUACUCGUGGGUCCAGAAAAGAACAUAUUUUAGAAUCCAUUGUAAGCAAUUUCUGUGAUUCCUACAGACUAAAUCUUCAGGUGAGAAUCUCCAUUGUUCAAACCCACAGAUUUGAUGUUUUAUCCACAUUAUAAAGUCAAGAGUAGGAAGAAAAAUAUAAGCAUAAGAAUUAUACUUGUGAAAUAAUACACCACAAGACUCUUUUGUUAACAUCCUCUUCUUGGUUACCUAUUUUUCCCAUAUGUUUUGAGAAAGAGGAGUAACAUUUAUUUUGAUAAUUUUAUGGCACCCUCACCUGGGAUUGUCUUUGUGCAAAGCUCUCCUUUACAAGGAGAAGUUUGCUAGAUGCACAUCUUAGUCAGCAAAAUGUCACACUCAUCUUAGACAUGAGAAAUCAGACCAGACUGAAAGCCCUCCUAUAAAAAUCCAUGCCUCUGCCUCAUUUGCAGCCAGUAGGCAAAUCCAUCAUGUUAAGUAUUUUGAUUGAUUUGCAUAUCAAAUCUGUGGAAUCAAAAGUGAAGUUAUCACAUCCUAGAAUUAAUAAUGUAUAAUUCAUUUCCUGGUGUCAUCACUAUCUUAUCUGGACUUUUCAAAUAUUAUGCAUAUUUUCUGUUUUCUAGGAUUUUUUUCUUUCAGCUUUCUUUUGUUAUUUCUCUCAGGGGAUCUUGGCUAAAAUACAAUCAUUGAUUUUUGUUAAAGUUUAUAUUAGUAUAAGUCAUUUACAUGAAAAUUCCAAAGAUAAAACUAAACUCUGUAAGUAAUAUUAACCUUUCUUUUCAUAAAAUGAAAGCACUGGGUAGUGCUUUACCCUAGGAUUCUUGGAAAAAUUCCUGAAGUCUGGUACCAGUUCACCUAAUUUGAAGCAUUUCCUUAUGAGUUAUGACUAUCUCUCCUUACAAUCCUCUACAUUAGCCUUAUGUCCCUAAACAUCACACUGUAAAUAUCAUCUUCAGUGUUCCAGGUCACCAGCAAAAUUCUCCAGCUAUAGUACACACUAUGCGUUCAUUAGUUAUUUGUAAUUGCCUGCUGGCAAAUGAUUCUAUGUAACCUUUAAUCUACUAAGUUAUUGAAUUCUGUUCACUGAGUUAUAACCAGAUAAAUAACAUAUAUGUACAUGAAAGAUGCAAACUUGUAUGUUUUCUACAGCAAGUCAUGCAUGUCUGCAACAAGAACGGCAGGCAAUCACUCAGUACUCUUAUUGUAAGUUAGGUACUUCCCAGUUGCAAAAAAAGCCAGAUUUGAGUUCUGCUCUGAUCAUAUUUGAGUUUAAGGCCCCUUGUUGUAUAAUAAAAUUAUGGAAGUGACAUUCCAAUGGCUAAAGCUGUUUCUAUGGCUGAUGGGUGUACCCCAGCAGCUGAAGCUUACACUUUUUAGGCUCCCAAUAUGGUUGAGCUUUAAGCCUACAGUUUCAACAACAGCACUUGCAUAUGCACACACUCAAAUGAAAUCUAAAUAUUUUCCCAUUCCUCUUAAAUGAGGAAAAUGAAAACACGAAAGGCAGAACACCCCAAUUGGGCAUGAUGUGAAAAAAAAAAUGAGUUCAUGACUUUGAAGUAACUCAAGUUCUCUGUUUUCCAUGGUCUGCCAAGAAGCUUUCCUGGGUAUGGUUAAUAAUAAUGAUGCCUACAGGCUUGACUUGUAAAUUAAACCUAGGCCAUCAUAGAUUUACACAUAGAUUAUUUUUGAAAUUAAGAAUCCAGAAACUAGACAUUAGAGUGGUAGGAGCAGUUUCCCAUAGAAACAAGCAUAUUUCCACAUAGUUCUAGUUUCAGAAACUCAUUUUUUUCUUACGUACAACAGGGAGGCAAGAGUAUGCUCUGUCAUCUCUGGUGACUGACUAUAAAGUGCCAUGUCAGCAGUAUUAUGAUAACACUUGACAGUUCAGCUCUUGAUCAUCACCUGAUUAUUAAGUAAAUCCACCUGUAACAUAACUUAGAAACCAAUUAAACAUGGAGGGUAAAUUACCUUCCUAUCCCUAGAGAUGAGGUGUCUUUGGCUUCCUUAUUAAGAAUUGGUACUGUUUUCUAGGCACUCUAGUCAACAUACUACAAAUAGUGAUGUGCAUCAUGUGUGUUCAUCUAUUUGCUGGACUGAAAGAUUGAGGAUUUUGACAAGGGAAUCUCUUCAGUGUACCAGUUAAGUGAGGGAUAUGAGAUAUAUGGAUGGCAGUGACAGAUUGUGCCUCUGGAUAUUGGUAGAAGCUUGGUGAGCCACAUCUAAAAAAGCCUUGAAAGUGUAGUGAUGGACAGAGUAAUAGGCAGCCCAACCCCUCUUCAUCCCUACUCCCAGCAAAUACAAGAAACAAUCAUAGCCCUAAAACAUGACCAAGGCAGGGCCAGCCAGCACUAUGCCUUCAUUUAUCACACAAGCUCCAACCACAGAGAGUCUGACAAGUUUGUGUUAUGAUGUGGGCUUGGCUUUGUAUCUUUAAUUAGCUUUGGAUUUUUUAGUGGUUUUGUCAUAUUACUGUCUGAGUUUUGUAGGUAGGAUUAAUUUGAAAAAAGUUGAAUAGUGUGAUCCUUGUGAUCAUUGGGGUGGAAUGUACCUGUAAGCAUGCUGUUAGCCAGCCUAUAAACUGUUAAUUACUUAAUAAUAUCAUUGGGGAAAACUAGUAGUUUUAUAUUCAGAUUACAUAAUUGGAAAAAGCAGACUAGCUUCUGUGGCUAUUUAAAGACAAGGUUGGGAUGUCUUUUUUUAUUAUUAUUUCUUUCAUGUAAUGAAAUGGAAAAAUACAAAUCUUCAGUCAAAAGUAGCAAAAUUAGAUGUCAUUGCCUAAAAUGUGUUUUGUUGAGUUUCCAAGUGGGUGGAUACCUAAAGGCAUUGGAUAUGGUUUGCAUUGGAAAGAUGCUAGUUUAUUUCUACUGUACCUGAAGCUAUCUAAAUUGAAUUUUGUUCUAUUAAAAGUUGGAUCCCAGAGGUUGAAGUUGAGUUUAAAGUUGAAAAUCAUUUUUGAAGGCAGACUCAAUUAAGAUGUGAGGGUGAAGCCUUUACUUCCUUCUUAACAGACAUAACAAAUGUCACCUGCAUGAGGUAGCAGGUGGGAGAACCAAACUGGAUCACUGGGUAGGACUACUCAGUAAAGCAACAAAGUGCUUGCUUAAAGAAGCAUCACUAUUCCCAUUGAGAAAAAUGUGUGGCAAGUUGAAAUAGCUACACAUUAUCAAACAAAUGGGUGAUUCAGUGCCCCCAAAUUCAGUUCUGUUGGGAAAAAUUAUUGAGCUAGUUGUCAGUAUUGUGUUACAACGGCAGACUCAAUUCUUUGUCAUCGUUGUUAUUGUUGUUGCUAUUGUUGUUUCGCGUUUCCAACUCGCACAGCCUUAUUCUCAUAACUAAACUCUGAUUCAUGUUCACUUUGGUGUUAGCAAACUCCAAUGACAGAAAUGAUAUCUGUGUAUUGAUAAUCAUCAUUUACUCUCGCAAGGGACUAAUCAGAUAGGCUAGUCUUAGGCAUUAAUCCUACCAUUUGAUAUUUCCAGCAAAAGAGAAAGUAUUAGUUCCCUUUCCAUUCCCCUCCACACGAAUCUAGAAGCCCUCUGUACAAGAGCAUCACAUUUUCUCUGUAAUCUUUUAACAAAAAGAAAAUUGCAUUGUGGGGAGGGCAGAGGGGGGUGUGGGUGGAGGGUGGAGGGUGGGGAUGCCCUUGGAGGCCAGACUGCAGUUCAUGCCCCUUCCUGCUUCGGACAUAAAAUGUUAAAGUAUCAUUCAUCAUGCUUACACUGGGUUAGGGGACACUGAACUGCUUUUCAGAUCCAUGGUCAAUCAUUCUUCUGAGAUUGGAGCUUUGCUGUUUCAUUAACUGUGCAGUGUAGACUAAUGGUGUUUAAUAAAAAUCAUUCAAAAUUACAAA